UGGUGUGAAAAGACUUAGAGAAGAUAAACAUCUAUAAGCCAAGGAACACCUGAGGCUACCAGAAGCUAGAGACAGACCUGAAAUAGAUCCUUCCCUAGUGCCUUCAGAGAAAACAUAGCCCUGUUGACAUCUUGAUUUGAGACGCUGGACACCAAAACUUUUUAACAUUUGAUUGACUCAUGCAACCACAGAGUUGAAGGUAUUCCCAUAUUCAUCUACACACCAGAUAGCACUGAAGUACGUGGAUUGGACAAAACAGUUGGGAAACCUCUAAAUGGAACCCCAACCUAUGCAAAGGUUCACAGAAAUGAGCAAUCCAUCCCUACCCAAGCUCUUGGAACUCGCAGCCUACAGCCUGCUAAGCAAUGAGGCCUCUGCUAUAUCUGCCUUGGAAGAGUUCACUGUCAACCUCUUCCCACCACUGCUCACUGCUGCAUUUGCCAAGGGGCAUGAGAAGGCUCUAAAGGCUCUGGUGCAGGCCUGGCCCUUCCCCUUUCUCCGACUGGGCUCUCUGAUAGUACAGUGGCCCAAACAAGAUAGCUUGCAAGCUGUGCUGGAUGGGCUGGAGGACUUCCCUGCUCACAGGGCCUAUCCCAGGAGGUCAGAACUGAGGGUGCUGGAUUUGACUCUGGACUUUGAUCAGGUCCAGAAUAAAAAGGUUUCUGAGGCCUUGGCCAUGUUCCCAUUUUGGUUACCAUCAACAGUCAGGGCACCAAUGCCCCAGGCCAUGGUUAAGAGCAAUCCAGAAGAGGACACAAGAAGAGGACCAAAAAAGCUGUGGGAACCUGUGGAAUUACACAUCGAUCUUUUCCUGAGAGUCCCCUUCAAGUUUGAUCCAUUCCUUUCAGGCCUCCUGACAAAAGUGGAACAGAGCGGUGGGUCCCUGCGCCUCUGCUGUAGGAAGCUGCAUAUUGAGGAAAUGCCCUUUAACAGCCUGGUAGGGAUCUUGAAGACACUUGAGCUGGAUUUCAUGCAGGAGCUAGAGGUGUUUGACUGGUUCCGGGCACUGUCUGAACAGAGGCUGUUUGCAACACAGCUGGGGAGGAUCUGCAACCUGCGCAGCCUCAAGCUGGCCUAUUACCACUGGGCCUUCUCCCCAGUGAGUGAGCAGUCCUCCAGCUACUUUCUUUCACAGCUCAGCAAGCUGGGCCACCUCCAGAAGCUCCACCUCUCCUACUCCUACCUCUCAGGCAACCUACAUCAAGUGCUCAGCUGUCUGCAGUCCCCACUGCAUGCCCUGGAGAUUUGUUCCUGCACACUUCUGAACACCGACAUCAUCUACUUAUCCCAGAGCCUUCAUGUCACCUGCCUGAAGAAGUUGGAUCUGAGUGGCAACGACCUUUCCUACAUGGUCCCUGGUUCCUUAGAGACCCUGCUAGAGAAGAUCUCAGGGACACUCCAGCACCUGAACCUGAACCACUGCCAGCUAAAGGAUGCCCACCUCAGUGCCAUCCUGCCAGCCCUGCGCCACUGCUCCUGGCUCCAUUACUUGGGCCUGUCUGACAAUCCCAUAUCCCAAGCCAGCCUCCUGAGCCUGCUGGAACACACAGCAGGGCUGAUGGAGUUGAAGCAGGUGCUCUACCCCAUCCCAGUUGAGUGCUGCACAUACCUGCAUGGCCUCUCCUGGGGUCCUGUCAACAAAGACAAGAUGUACCAGGUGCAGGCUGAGAUACAGAAUCUGUUGCAGGCUGUGCAGAGAGCCGACAUGCAAUGGAGGCCCCACUGCCCUAGCCCUUGCCCAUGAGGCUGGUGCAGCUCAAGUGAGGGACUGGAGACUGUGAUCAGAAUAGGCAGCAAGAAAAACAUCCAGGGCCAACGACUUCCUGACAGGCACAUGUUUUUAGCAAGGAAUAUAAAGGAAACUUCCACAAGAA